UCCAGGCGUACUUUUUGAAUUGGAACGUUACUUAACAUUGACCUACAAAUUGUAGAUAUUGUUACAUAGAAAUCUCCCUUUCAGUACAAGUAUUGUUCUCCAUUUUCAGUGAGACGCCAACUUUUCGUAUUCACACGGAAUUUGUUUCACCCAAAUAUUUCAUACGGCCCCAAUUCUGUCGGGUGAUAAAAUCUAUCACUUCGAUAUAAUGGUUGUUAUAACUGGAAUGUCGGUAGACGAUGGUUGUGCAGGUGAUAGUGUUAGUUCCACAUCUUAUCUUCCGAUGACUCAAGAACAGAAAGAUUGGCUUAUGGCUGCUAUUGACUGUGAUCAACCGAAAAUGACAAGUUUGUUAAAUCAGCAUCCUGAAUUAGCUGGAUGGAAGAUUAACAUUAAUGGAUAUACUGCAUUACAUUAUGCUGCUAAAUAUGGUGACUGUGCUAUUAUUCGACUGUUACUUGGGAACUAUCAAGCUUCCGUAGAUGCUCAAACUUAUGAGGGCUUGACUCCUUUACACUUGGCUGCUUUCAGUGGAAAUGAAGAUGUCAUAGUAUUACUAACUUCCAUGUAUAAAGCAAGAACUGAUAUACGAGACUAUCGUGGACAGCUACCAGGCGCUUAUCUACCCAAAGAGAAAGAAGCACUAGCAAAGUACUUUCCGAACCCUCUACGUACACUACUGCAAAAUCGUAAUAAUUAUUUGUACUUACUAGUAAAUCAACCGGAAACAAAUCAAAGCCACCCCAAUUCAGUCCCAUACGAAAAUAGUAGUAAGGAUGAAUGCAGUGAAUCCGAGUCGAUUUUUAGUCUAACGCCUUCAUCUCUUUUACCGAUCGCUGCUCAAUUCCCUUGGAAUCAAGCAAGUCAAAAUCAUAUUGAAGAAUCACAUCAGAAAUCCUCAUUUAGUCGAAGUGUGGGUUCCAUCCAUCAGGUAGGAUCUGAUACAGCUAAGGAUAGAUAUAAAAUGAACAAAUACUCAGCUCCCGGUUUACCCAGUAGAAUGGGUUGUACACCAGUAGACUUGAAGGGUUUGAACAUGAACUUAAAAGGUCCUUCGCUGAAGCUUAGAUGUGACUCCAAUUUUAACUACAGUGAUGUCGACCUAAUCCAAAACAUCUACACACAUAUUCGUCAAAAGCAUGAACUACCACGGCCUUACAAUCCACUGAAUCCAGAAAGUACUAAAGCGUCGGACGCAAGUGUAAGUUUUGAAAACUAUUUUUGCCGAAAUAAGUUAUCCUUCUUGAACCUUUACUAAGUGGUUUCUACUGUACGAUUGUUCUGUAAUGUUUGACCAAAAUUUACUAAUUUUGUGAUAAUAAAACUAUUUU